AUGGAUGUCAAGGCAGCGCCCAACGGGGUGGCCACCAUCGAGGACAGGAUCUUACGGAUCACGGGCUACUAUGGCUAUUACCCCGGCUACUCCAGCCAGAAAAGUGCCUCCCGAUCAUCUGUCACCCGAUGCAAGCCAGGAGCCAACUGCCCCAUCACACGCAGUGGCAUCAGUAGGCAGCUCUCCCCUUUAUCUGUUGCUGAAGAUUCUGCUGCUCCCAUUCUUGAGCUGCAGAGUCGAAGCCCCUCUGGAAUUUGCCGGCACAGCAGAGUCGAGAGGCAGAUCAGAUCAGGAGAAGAAGGGACGCAAACCCAUACCGAGAACAACAGUCAAGAAAACCAAGCACAGACCCGGUGUCAGUCUUGCACAUCUACAUUUCUUAAGGUUGUCUGGGGAUUUCUAAUAAUCUUAUCAGUCUCAUCCUCUUGGGUUGGAACCACACAGAUUGUGAAAAUCACAUAUAAGAACUUUGACUAUCCAUUUUUCAUGACUUGGUUUUCAACAAACUGGAACAUUAUGUUUUUCCCCGUUUAUUAUUCUGGGCACCUUGCAACUGCACAGGAAAAGCAGUCUCCAAUCAAAAAAUUCAGGGAAUGCAGUCGGAUUUUUGGUGAAGAUGGUCUGACGUUGAAACUCUUUCUUAAAAGGACUGCUCCCUUUUCUAUUCUGUGGACUUUGACUAAUUACCUGUAUUUACUGGCUUUAAAGAAGCUGACAGCCACAGACGUCUCUGCCCUGUUCUGUUGUAACAAAGCAUUUGUCUUCUUGCUUUCUUGGAUUGUGCUGAAAGACAGGUUCAUGGGCGUAAGGAUUGUGGCAGCAAUAAUGGCAAUCACAGGAAUUGUUAUGAUGGCAUAUGCAGAUGGUUUCCAUGGCGAUUCAAUUAUCGGGGUAGCAUAUGCUGUUGGAUCUGCAUCCACCUCUGCACUCUAUAAGGUUUUGUUCAAGAUGUUUCUUGGAAGUGCAAACUUUGGGGAAGCUGCUCAUUUUGUUUCCACUCUGGGUUUCUUCAAUUUAAUCUUCAUCUCGUUUACCCCGAUCAUACUGUAUUUUACGAAAGUGGAAUACUGGUCUCCCUUCUCUGCCGUGCCGUGGGGUUAUCUGUGUGGAGUAGCCGGCCUCUGGUUAGCUUUUAACAUAUUGGUAAAUGUUGGAGUUGUGCUGACCUACCCCAUCCUAAUUUCUAUCGGGACAGUGCUCAGUGUUCCUGGAAAUGCAGCUGUGGAUCUCCUAAAACAUGAGGUGAUCUUCAGUGUAGUAAGGUUAGGUGCCACAAUCAUCAUCUGCACUGGAUUUUUGCUAAUGCUGCUGCCGGAAGAAUGGGAUGAAAUUACCCUGCGAUUCAUCAACAGCUUAAAGGAAAAGAAAAGUGAAGAUCACGUAGAAGAUAUCACAGACUCCAGUGUGCAUACAAGGAGCAGAAGCAGAGCCAACGGGACAGUGUCUAUACCACUGGCUUAA